CUCUCCUACACCCUAAAAUCGUUCUUUAUCAUAUACACAUCUUCUAUAUCAACUUCAUUUAUCAACAACAAUACUCCCUUUUCAAUAUUCUCUUAAAACACAUCUUAUGGCAUCUUCUUCUCACAAUAAUUUCGAAAAUAUUAUGGAAGAAAAAUUUGAAGAAGCUUCUGAACAAAUUUACAAGCAAGCUUUUCAAAAUCUCUUUGUUAAUCGAGGUGAUCGUCAAAGAGCAAGCAAGAAAAAAAGAGCCUAUAUUGAAAGAAAUCGGGAAGAAGGGCACAUGCGCUUAUGGAAUGACUAUUUCCGGGAAGAUCCCGUUUAUCCACCAUAUCUAUUCCGUCGUCGUUUCAGAAUGAACAAACAUUUGUUUCUGCGUAUUGUUGAUACCCUCAGUACUCAAGUUCCAUUUUUUCAACAAAGAAGAGAUUCUACUGGAAGAUCCGGUCUCUCUCCACUACAAAAAUGUACAGCAGCCAUUCGGAUGAUGGCAUAUGGUUCUGCGGCUGAUGCGGUUGAUGAAUACCUCCGGCUUGGUGAAAGCACCGCCAUUUCUUGCUUGGAAAAUUUUGUAGAAGGAAUCAUAUAUCUGUUUGGAGAUGAGUAUCUACGAAGACCCACACCAGAAGAUCUUCAACGACUACUAGAUAUUGGAGAAUCUCGCGGAUUUCCCGGGAUGAUUGGAAGCAUCGAUUGUAUGCAUUGGGAGUGGAAAAAUUGUCCCACUGCUUGGGCAGGACAAUAUACACGAGGAGCUGGAAAACCGACAAUCGUUUUAGAGGCUGUGGCUUCACAAGAUCUAUGGAUAUGGCACGCGUUUUUUGGACCUCCAGGUACCCUAAAUGAUAUUAAUGUUCUUGACCGCUCUCCUGUGUUUGACGAUAUUUUACAAGGUAAAGCUCCAAAAGUGGAUUACUUUGUCAACGGAAGACAAUAUCAUUUGGCUUACUAUCUGACUGAUGGAAUUUAUCCAAAAUGGGCUACAUUUAUCCAAUCUAUUCCACUUCCUGAGGGUGACAAAGCCCGCAUGUUUGCUAAACGUCAAGAAGCUACCCGUAAAGAUGUCGAACGUGCUUUUGGAGUCUUGCAAGCUCGGUUUGCCAUUGUCAAAAAUCCAGCUCUGAUGUGGGAUAAAGUUAAAAUAGGAAAGAUUAUGCGAGCAUGUAUAAUACUUCAUAACAUGAUCGUAGAAGAUGAGCGAGAUGGGUACACUCGGAUUAAUGCUGAAGAAUUCACACAAGUAGAAACAAACAGAACUUCACAUGUGGAUAUGACGUAUUCUACCGAAAUGGCUUCAAAUCUCACUAAUAUUAUGGCCAGGCGUAAUGAGGUUCGGAAUCGAAAGAAGCAUGACGAAUUACAAGCAGAUUUAGUUGAGCAUUUAUGGAAUAAGUUUGGACAUAUUCAAGAUGACAACUAUGUUUAA